GACCGGUACGAAACAUAGCAUGCAAUGCGGUGGUUUUUUUUUAAUUUACUCUUUUCAAUUUCCUGAUCUACUUCCAGGACGUAUCCAGCAGCCGCGGGGACUCCGACAGCCGUUGCCCGUUGGUCAUCUCGUCCCCCUUCUCCACCUGCUCGGCGCAUGGAGGUAGGACGGCCGCUGCUACCUUCGCCAGGUUCUCCUCGCCGAGCGUCCCCAGGCUGAGACGACGGACGCUUCUUCUCUUCAAUUCUGUCCACAAGGCACAAGCUCAUCUCCUCGACUUCUUUCCUUUCCUUGUGCUACGGAAAUUAGUUUUCCUCUUGUUCUUGGAAGCUGCACACGAGGAUGCUGAGGCCGAUGCUGGCGUGCUGCAAGCUCUACGUCUCGGAGAGCCGGAGCGCGGCGGCGCUGCGGGCCGUGGAGCAGGCCGCGCGGCGGCACCACCCGGCCGUCGUCCUCGUCAACCGCUUCGCCGACGACGCCUACAACCGGGUCGGCUACACGCUCGUCGCCGACGCCUCCUCUCCGCUGCGUCGCGCCGUGGUCGGCAUGGUCGGCGCCGCGCUGGACGCCAUCGAUCUCCGCUCCCACGCCGGCGCGCACCCGCGCCUCGGCGCCGUCGACCACGUCUGCUUCCACCCCCUCGACGCCGCCGCCUCCUCCCUCCGCCUGGUCGCCGACCUCGCCGCCGCCGCCGCCGCCGACAUCGGGGACAAUCUCCAAGUCCCCACGUACCUGUACGGCGCGGCGCACCGGGAAGGCCGGACGCUGGCGGCCAUCAGAAGGCAGCUCGGCUACUUCCACUCCCCACGCGACGGUCAAUGGCGCGGGGUGCCACUGUCCGCCGAGCUUCCCGUGGCGCCGGACGCCGGCCCGGGCACGCCGUCGGCGUCCAAGGGCGUGCUGGUCAUGGGGGCGACGGGGUGGGUGGACAACUACAACGUGCCGGCGCGCACCGGCGACGUGGAGGCCGUCCGGCGGUUGGCGCGCCGCAUCAGCGAGCGCGGCGGCGGGCUCCCGUCCGUCCAGGCCAUGGGGCUCGCGCACGGCAAUGGCGCCGCGGAGGUGGCGUGUAACCUGCUGGAUCCGGGGAGGGUGGGAGCAGAGGAAGUGCAGAGCAUGGUGGAGCGGCUCGCCGAGGAAGAAGGGUUCGCUGUUGGGAAAGGAUAUUUCACGGAUUUCUCCCGGCACAAGAUCAUCGAGAUGUACUACUCUUUGCACAAGGCUCGAGAUCAAGAUCAGGCUUAAGGACGAUUUUCUCCUUAAAAACAUAAUUGUUGACUAAUCGAUCUUAUAUUUAAUCAUACUGUUCAUGAUACCGUCCAGCGGCGGACCCAAGAACGAAUAAAGCAGGGGGCUAAUUUUAACGCCUAAAA